AUGGCAGGUGGUAUGGAGAAUAUAGGGCGGUUUGUGGGAAUCGCAAUGGUGGUUCUGGCUCAGGUCAGAGCGACCUCCACUCAGUCUUUCUGUCCUUUCCAGCUUGUUCUUAAUGGGGGGCUUAUUGGUUCUUCUUCAAUUGAAGAUUCUUCUCUUUUUCCUCUGUUAAGAAAACGCAGAGGUUUUGGACUGUUGAUGGGAAAUGCUGGUUUACAGUACAGUUCUGUUACACUUAACUCUGCCAUGCUCAACCUCAUUCCAGCUUUUACUUUUCUACUUGCAUUAGCUUUCAGGAUGGAAAAAUUGAAGUUGAAGAGCUCAAGUAGCCAAGCUAAAUCUCUAGGAACUCUAGUGUCAAUAGCAGAAGCAUUUGUUGUGACCUUCUACAAAGGCUCACCCAUCAUUAAGGCUCGUACCCUUUUCGUAUCGACCCAUCAAUUUCUCGUCUUUACCACAAUCACAUUGGAUCCUUGGAGGUUUUCUCCUUGCAGCUGA